CCACCAUGGCGGACCCACAAGACAGAAAGAUAAAAGAUGCACAGAUGCGAGCAACCAUCAAUCAAAAGCUGGUAGAAACUGGUGAAAGAGAAAGGCUAAAGGAGCUACUGAGAACAAGACUUAUAGAAUGUGGAUGGAGAGACCAGCUGAAGGCCCAUUGUAAAGAGGUUGUAAAGGAAAAGGGUUUGGAGCACAUUACUGUAGAUGACUUAGUACAGGAAAUAACUCCCAAAGGAAGAGCUCUUGUGCCAGAUGAUGUAAAAAAGGAACUAUUGCAGAGAAUUAGAACUUUCCUAGCAGAGCAGUCCAACAUCUGAUAACAUGAUGUACUGCGAUCAGAUUAUUACUUUCUACUUUUUACAAUGAAAAGUGGGCCAGUUAACAAAAAACAGAGUAUGAAAACAUCUUAAAAUGUCAAAAGAUAUGUUUACAUAGAAGAAGUACUGAAAAUUAUUGUUGAAUAAGAUCAUACUGGUAUCAUUAAGAAAGGGAGAUAAACAUUUUUUGUAACAUGGAUUUGUGCUUGUGAACAUACCGAAAGUAUUUAUUGUUUUAUAUUACUUCUGUAACUUUCGAUUUGUGAGAUAUUGAAUGCUAUAUAUGUGGUGUGUUGGUGCAUUUGUCACUCAUUUUGUCACAGUCCACGAGUACUGUACAUAUAACGUCGAAAUCCAGUCGUAGGUAGAACAUUAUACCUCACAGGCAAAGGCAUAUUUUUGUGAUUAUGGUGUAGUUUUCAACAUUAUAGUUGUUCUGUUUUAGAAAAUUUUGUUUUUUUGAUAAAUGCUUAACAGUCAUGUUUACUAAUGAAAACACAGGAACAUUCCAUAUACAUUAAAUGGAUCUGUGAUUUUGGCAGAGCGUCUUCCUUUUAGUUGUAUACAUAAUGAAUUCCUUCCAGUCCAAUUAUACAGAAUACUCACAAUGGUAAACAGUAGAUUUAGGCAAGGAAAGUUUGAUUUUGUCUUGAAAUAGGUGUUUCUGUUUCAAUGAAAUCCCCCUAGAUACAUCUCUAUUAGUGGACAGUUUGUAUCUAUAAAAGUUUUAAAGUAAUUGAAAUUAAAAAAAAAAAAUAGUGUUAUUUAGAAUUGUUAUUAUUGUAGUCAUUAUGGGUAGAAAUCUGACCUCUGCCAAGACAGUGUGUAGGAGUUACAGAGAUAGAACAAAGAAGACAACCUCAAACUGUCUCGUAUCACAAUUUAUUUAGAUAGCUUUACUGUAAAACCACCAAUGAGACGUCAUCAAACUGUCUCAUUUACAAACUAAUUUUGAUAAAGUUGACGUUUUUUUUAAAUUGCUGAGAAAAAACAGCAAUUGAGACAAAUAAAACUGUCUCAAAUACACACAUUUAAAUUUGGAUACAUGGUUUGUAAAACAGGAAAGGAGAUCUUAGUGUUUUACUGUCUUAUUAAAGUUGUUCACCACCCAGGAAUUCAUCAUUUGUAUGAUAGUAAUAAUGUCAUGCUUUGCUUGAUCUUGUUGGUAGAAGUUUUUAUACUGUUUAUAGAGUUAUUCAAUACAGAAAUUAUAGAAAAUUUAUUCACUACUUCUAUAUAUUUGUAUUCAUAUUAUUAUAACAUGAUUAUUAUCAUUAUUACAUUUAAUAAUAUGAGUAGAUAUUUUUUGGAGAUGAUAACAAACAUCCUCAUCGCUAAUGCUAUUAUUGUCAUAAUGAAAGGACAAUUUCAACAAAAAGAACAAAUGCUACAGUGAAUGUUCAAUGAAGAUUGUAAUCAAGUUAGUACAGAAUAGAUAUGUAUGUAUAAGGCACGUGUUACCAGAUAGCUAAUACAGAGGUCCUUGUGUAUCAGAUAUCUAAUUUAUUAUUGAUGAGUAAAUAAUUAUUUAGGUGGGCAGAUAUUUGUUAAUUUCUGUGACAUUAUCUCUUCUCUAAAGAUUUCCUGUUGAAAAAACAUGUAAACUAACCGUUGAUGAAUGAUAAUAUGUGAAUUGAUAAUGUUGAUGCAUUCAAACAUAAUACAAUGAUACAUAGGAACAUGGACAUUCUAGUCGAGUUUUCUAGUUCUGUUAAGGAACAUAACUCUUUACAUAAAAGUUUUAGGUUAAAUGGGAAAUUGUUUUUGUUUUGUGUAAGUCUUGAUAUGGUAAAUGCUAUGAUUAGUUUAGAAUGUAGCAUCAUUUCGUCUCACUUCCUCACAUUUUUCCGUGGUGAACACUUGCUGUAAUACGCACACCAACAUCAGAGUUCUCUUUAAGUCGAUAUAUUCGGCAAUUUUUGCAAGAUGAAGUUAGGUAAUCAGGAGAUACAUGUACAUGAACGUGACAAAAUACGUAUGUAUUACACAUAGUUGUAGUAAACAGUUGUUGAAAAUAUAACUAAAUAUUGUUAAGAAGACCAUAUUUUUUGUUAUUUUUUUCAUGUGCAUAAUUUUCAUUAAUUGUACCAUGGAAACUACGACAAACUGUUCUAUCUUAUUUUGAAAGUUAUUUACCGUAGUCACAUAUUUGCCAUUAAUAGUCAAUUAGUAGAAGUUAUUUUUGUAAUUUUAUUUAAAUGAUUUCAUUUGUUAAUUUGCACUUGAAAUUAUGAAGUUUUUGUUUGAUCAGAAAUAGUCUUACUAUAUUUUUGGAUUUUUCCUGCAGUUGAUGUCUAGAUAUUAUUUUGUAGAUACACGAGUAUGAACUAUUUGCACAGUCCUAGAUUUUCAUGGAUAUUUCAAAGUAUCAUAUUCAAAUAAUAGUGUGCAAUCAAAGCCAAAAAGUGGAGAAAAUAGGAAGGUGUGUUGUUUUUAUUGAUGAUGAACUGGUUGGUUAUUCUUCAGACACUGUAUUGUUGUCUCAUUGACCUGCAUCUUAUUUGUUAAUCAGUGCCAUUCUGUAACAAGUUAUUUUAUUUUAAAUUUUGUUUACAGCUAGGUUUAAACCACAACAAAGAUUAAGAAGACCUUGAAUUAUAAUCUUAUCUAAUUACCAAAUCGAAAUUUAAAAUGGUCCCUGAUGUUUGGUUAAAUUGAUAUGCUCAGCUGUGAGUUAACAAGAUUCCGAGAUUCUGUUCAAAUAUAUUAAAUAAAACAACAGAAAUAGAGUUUGCAGAAAGGUUUUUUUCCUUUCCAAUAUUAAAGUAAAAAGAUGUCUACCCCCAGUGGGCAUUAGUGUGGUGGUGUGAUAUUUAGCCAAUGAAUAAACAUACAUCUGUUUUGUAUCAUUUUAUCGUCCUUUUGAUUAAAAAGAAAUUGAUCUUUUUAUACAGCACCUUAAAUGAUUAAAUUUUCAGUUGAUUUUUAAAUUUCAAAGAAUUGGCUCCAUGUUUACAGCUCAUUUCUAAUUUUUAAAUAUGGCAAAUAUUGGUAUCCACUUUGAAUCAUCAAGGAAAGUAACUGUCAAUGUGCAGAGUCACCACCUAAAUAUAUCAAUACUGAUAUUGUCUAUUAUGUUAAUGAUCCUUCCUGAACUGUGUAUAUAUACAUGUUGAUCAAAUAUAUAUUUGUGUAGGGUAUGUAAUGGUUUGGGAUUUCAGUGUUUAUUUUCAGAAAAUGUUCUCAGAAAUAUUCUUUCAUUAUUUUUGUUAUAUAAUGUUCACAGUACCUGUAUUUUACAGUUCUUUACAAGAUACAUAUAUAAUUGUACAUGUUGCCUUUCAUGAACAUGUCACUGAAUUGUAUAAUAAAUAAAUGGUCACCAUGUA